AUGGACCCCAACAGGCUUUCCAUGGAACAGGGGAAAGAGUUCUUAAAGCAGCUUGGAAUUCCGCAGAGAGAUAUUGACUCGAUGACAGAGAAAUGGGUCGUGGAUGCCGCCGUGGAGGUUCUGCUACGGUUCCCACUGAUGCCGGGAGAGGAUCCAGGUGGCCGCUGUGUCUCCAGUAAGAAAUGUCAGCCUUCAGUGGACCGGCUCACGGCUUCACAAAGACACAAAGACCAAGAGGAGAGGAAAUCCAACAAUCAGGUCCUGAAGGAGAAUGACCAGAGGCCCAAGGACAUGGGGCAGAUGGCACGUCAUUACAUACACCAGCGGCCCAUAAGACUCCCCAUGACUCCGAACCUGAAGAAGCUCCAGAAGGGACCGGUGGGGCAGAGGAAUCCCCCACCACAAGAGGAGAAUACCAGGGUGAAGUGCGAGAACUGCGGAGCCUUUGGGCACCUGGCCAGCAGCAGAAGGUGCCCCAUGAAGUGCUGGGGUGGGGCCCUUGCCCCCCAGCCCUUGGGCUCCAGUCCCGGAAGGAGCUGCCUUGGCAAAGUCCACAGGGGCUUCGGGGCCUCCGCCGCCCCUAAACCAGGCCGACGACUGGGCUCCGGGGUCUUCUUGGUUCCCAGUCAGUGGUGGCGACCGGGGUCGGGGGCAUCCGACACUUCCCGUGAUUUGUUCCGCAGGCAAGAAGAGCGGAAAGAGAAAGACCCGCCCCGGAAAUUACCCGGGAGACCCCAGCGGAAGCCGCAGAGCGCCUGCAGGGAACCCGCGGACUCGGGCGCCCACCUGCGGCGCCCCACCAGGCCGUUGCCCGUCCAAACCAAUACGAAGCCAUCUGUCCUGGGCCCUGUCCCCACGUGUCAGCCACCUGCUAGGACAGCUGACAUGCGGUCGUCCUGCCCUACACGGCCCCUCUAUAAAGCCCCUGAAGUGCGUGCUUGUGAACCAGCCCGAAGAUGCGGGGCGGACUUGCCCUGCGAAGAUCCAAAGAGCUCCUGCCGGGACCAGGCUCUCAUUUCCAAGUCGACAGCCGGCUGGCCUGAGGUUUCCUCCCGUGAUGUUCCCCCGUCGGCCAGGAAGACACUGGCGCUGGGUCCUGUGUGUCACCGCCAGGCACAAGCCAAGCAUCCUCCUGUGGACUCAAAGCCCCGCCCACAGCCUGCCACGGGAACACAUGGCCAGAGCUCCAAAGUCAGCAUCCAGGCACAGGGGAAGAGGUCUCCCCAGGUCCCCGUGCAGCCUUCCCAGAACCCUCCAAAGAAAGCAAGAUUCAACUUCUUCUAACCCCCCUCCCAGGUGGGUCUCAGUGACCUGGUCUGGGGGUUGUCCCGGUCGCAGCUUCCCCCCAGUAUCCAAACAGAUACCUCAAGUGACCGGGAAGAUACCAGUCCUAAUGCCCAGUCUUGAACGCCAGGCUCCGCCUGACUCACCUGGUCUGAGCCCCGUUCAGACCUGUGCUGUCCCCUAACCCUGACCACCCAGGCAUGUUCCAGGCCAGCAGGGGCGAGGAUGGGACAUGAGAUGGGACAGGGCGUGGGCAGAGCUCCAGGUUUUCCACUGUUCCUGUCUCCCUCUGGAGAAGUCUCCACCCGCUGGUCAGAGCCCUCCCAUCUCAGAGGCCUCGGAGAGACAGGUUCCCGGUGUUCCACU